CAAACCCGACCCGUGCUCAGCCCGUAAUCCACUAGGAAUCAAUUCUGCGAUUCAGGUAAUCGAUGGAUUCGCAGGCAUCGCUGCUUCUGUCUACCCGUAAGUCCGCUGCACUUCAUAGCCGCGUCCCUCCUUCUCAAACAGUCUCUUCUCACUCUGGUAAUCGGAGCUCUCGGACAGAAUUGAUGGAUCAAUUAUCAGAUGAUUUGAUUGCUGAUAUACUCUCUCUAUUGGACACCAAGGAAGCCGCUAGAACGAGUGUUUUGGGGAGCAGAUGGAGAUUCUUGUGGGCUCAAUCACCCAAUCUUGAUUUUGAAUUCCUCGAUUGGUAUCAACCCAACAAGAGAAAAGAAUUUGUUGACGGGAUGAACAGGCUAAUUGGUGCUUGUAAGGGAAAAAAACUUGAAAAGCUUACAAUCAACUUCAAUGAUUGUUCUGUACCAGACGUUGAUCAUUGGAUAGAUUUUGGGUGUGAGAGGAAUGUGCAAACUGUGAAAUUGAGGAUUCAGAAUGAAAGGCAUCCCUACAUACUUCCAAAGAUCAUGUAUACUAGUUCAUCUCUAGUUUCAUUAUCUUUGGAAUUUUGUAAUAUACAACCACCUGAGGGAAAAAUUAAAUGGCCUUCUUUGAUAAAACUCCAAAUUUCAGGAGUCCAGAUAUCCCAACUUGUCAUGGACAAUAUACUCUUGGCCUCCCCACGAUUAUCAUCUUUGCAAUUGCACCAGUGUUGGGGAUUUACCCAUUUGACCAUUAACUCCACAAACCUACAUGAUCUAGUGUUGAGGGACCCAGAGGAUCAAAUAGAUCUUGAGCCAGUCUUGACCAUUUCAGCACCACAUAUAAAAUAUGUGGAUCUGUUGGUGUAUCAUAUGAAAAGAGAAAUUCAUCUACAACCUUGCUCCUCACUAGUGAGCGUAGGAUACAACUUCAUCGGCAUGGAUAAAGUCAUACCAAAAGCUGUAUUCUUUGAUACGGAGACCUUCUUUGAAGAGAUCCAUCACAUUCAAGAGCUGCAUUUACAAGAUGCUUCUAUUCAGGUGCAGGCAGUUAUAGUAAUAUUGUGAAUGGAGUAUGCGGUGAUUAGUCAUGGUUUAGCAAAUUGACAGAAACAAAGCGAACAACGGUGUAGUCCAAGUAUAUUUGGACUGAUCACUAAUUACUUGUUGAAAUUAGGUUGUAUCAAAACUUUUGGAUCACGGUUGGCAGCUUCCAACAGGGAACAUUAGGUGCUUGAGAAUGGAUGUUGCAUGGGAUGCUAAACAAACCCUUCUGAGUUCUCUAGAUUUACCUCUGUGUACUCUAGUCAUUCUAAAUGCUUCUCCAACCAUUGACACUUUGAUCAUAAGUUGUGAUUAUCCGCAAAUGUUAGAGGACAACUGGACCCAACUAGCAAAGGAGAAGUGCAAUGGCGAUUUUAUAAAUUUGAAGUUUAUCAAGUUAAUGAACGUGGUGGGAGAUUCAAGUGGUGAUCCCAUCAGGACUUUGGCCCAAAUACUUUUGGAGAGAACACCAGCUCUACAAAAAAUGGAAAUAUGGUUCAAUGUUCAAGAUAGAGAUGACUUCAUGAAAAUAAGCCAAACCGUGCAUGCCUUCCCAAAGUCCUCAACAGAGGCUUUAAUGUUGCUUCAUUAGAUCGAUUACUUUUUUUUGUGUGUGUGUGAGUGGAUUACUUUUAGAGUCAAUUCCCUAAAUAGGACUAAAAAGUGGCAAAAUUGCACAAAUAGGACUACAUUUUUUAAAUUCCCUUAAUAGGACUAUUUAUAUGUGUUUGGACAAAUAUACCCUUGUAACUUGUGAAAUGUUUUAAUUAAUAAUAAAAUCAUAAAAAAAUUAAUAAAAAUCGAAAAAAUUGCUAAAAAUCGUAAAACAAUAAUAGAAAAUUAAAAAAAAAAAAUUUAAAAAAAUAUAAAAAAAAUAUUUUUUUAAAAAAAAUAAAAAAAAAAUAAAAAAAAUCAUAAAAUUAAAAAAAAAACAUUACCACCCCCUGCCACCCCCCAGCACCACCAUCUCCCAUCACCGGAGAAAAAUAUGCCAACAUUUUAAAUAAUGCCAUAACGAUGGCAUAUUCAAUGAAAAUGUUGGCAUAUUGAAGAGUAAUUAUGCCAUCUUUUUGGCAUUUUCAGAAAAAUAUGAUAUUUUUUUACCAAAAGUGGAAGAAAUUUCACCAAUCGGAGGUGGUGGUGCUGGGAGGCGGCGGGAGGCGGGAGGCGGUGAGAAAGGUAUCCAUAAUUUUUUUCAUUUUUAUGGGUUUUUACUAUUUUUUAUUAUUUUUUAAAAAAAAAUAAAAAAAUAAAAAAUUAAAUUUUUUAUUUUAUAAAUGUUUUAUAAAUUUUUUAUAAUUUUUUUACGUUUUUUUAAAUAUUUUUUACGUUUUUUAUGAUUUUAUUAUGAAUUAAAGCAUUUCAUUAUGAAUUAAUACUUUUAGGGGUAUUUAGGGUAGAAAAUCAAUGUUUAGUCCUAUUUAGGGAAUUUUAAAAAUAGUAGUCCUAUUUGUGCUUUUUAGGAACUUAUUAGUCCUAUUUAGGACAAUUUCCGUUACUUUUAUGUUUUAAUUCUCACAUUUUACAUGAAAAUAUGUUAAGACUUAGUGCUCCAUCCUAAAAGGUCAACCAUGUUAGGAGGAGUAGCCCAUGUAUGAAUAUAGCACUUUAUUUAUUCAGAUCUUUCCGAUGUGGAACAUUUAACACCUACCUCUCCUCACGACCAUACACUUCGUCUGGAUCGUGUCAUCAUUAAUUUUUUUUAUCGGUUCGUUUUUUUCCAUCCGGCCGUAAUUGUCAUUUUUUAUAAUCGUGUCAUCACGGUUCAUAAGGGGCCUCACACCAUGGAUCGAAUUGGC